AUGGUAUAUAAUUGUUCUCUUUGUGGAUAUUUUGAAAGCUCAAAAUUGUGUAAAAUAGUUUCUCAUAUAUCUCAGAACCACAGUUUAGAUCCUAAUUUUUAUAUUUCCUGUGGACUUGAUGAUUGUCCACAAAGUUUUAGAAAUUUCGCAUCAUUCAAAUCCCACCUUUAUCGUAAACAUAGAGAGCACUUUUUUAUUGAUUUAGGUACGGAGUCUAACAAGUUCCAGUGUCCCAUUUGUAAUAUUGAUAUCGAGUCCCACAAACAAGCAGUUCAACACCUUAAAGUUCAUAUAACCAAACAAAAUGGUGUACAAUGUCCUUACAAUGCAUGUAAUUCCAUACAGUAUUUGCAUAGUUCAUUGCGUGCACAUGUAAGUAGGCACCACAAAAAUGAAGUGGUUUUACGAGAGGCAUGGAUUGUGAAUAAUGACAUACCUGAUUGCUUUGGCGAAGUUGAAGUCGAUGAAGAAAAUGAGGGUUGUGGAGUUACACAGAGUUCAAGUGAAAAAUAUAUUGAUAGUUUAGCUCUUCUGCUGCUGAAGUUGGAAGUAGUAAAUCUAGUACCAGCAUCAACAGUCCAGGUUAUUUUAUCUGGCCUUUUAGAGCUUUUUCAGCUUUCAAAUACACUAACCAUUGACUCUCUAAGGAACUUUUUUCAAGGAAAUGAAAUUGAAAAUGGAGUGCUGGAGAAUGUAUGCCAAACAGUAGAACAAGGUGUAUUUGCAGAAGCAUAUGAGCAACUGAAAAGUGACUAUAGGCGCAAGGAAUACUACAAACACAAAUUUAAGUUUGUUAAUCCAGUGGCUUUUAACUUGAAUCGAAAUGAAAAUAAUGAAUUAAAUAGUUUCUACUACAUUCCCUUGUUAGAAACAAUAAAGAAUGUAUUAGAGGUUGAUGAAAACUUUUCAAAAAUGUUAAGCCCUCCAGACACAGGUAGCAUGUUUCUUUCCGGAUUUAGUGAUGGUUACCUAUUUAAGAAACUUCAAUUUGCAGAGCCUUGGAUUAGAAUUAUUUUAUACUAUGAUGAUUUUGAAGUGGUAAAUCCAAUUGGAGCCCACAGGGGAAAACAUAAAAUUGCUGGGAUUUAUUUCACUAUAGACAAUUUGGGUGUACAUUCAAAUAGCAAAACAGAUUCAGUUUUUCUAUUGCUGCUUUGUCGCUCAAAAGAUUUUACGCAUGAAAAUCUACCUGAAAUUCUCAGUCCUCUUAUAGAAGACUUGAGUUCAUUAGAAAAUGAAGGCAUAGAUGUCAAUAAUCACAGGUUAAAAGGCUCACUUGUUUUUGUUGCAGGAGACAAUCUAGGUUCACAUUUCUUAGGUGGAUUUUAUGAAAGUUUUGGCCCAUAUAUUCAAAGGCCAUGUCGAUUUUGUUUGUGUAGAAAUGAAAAUAUGCAAGGACAAUUUGAUUCCUCAAAAUUCAUAUCUAGAACAAAGGAAAAUUACACAAGACACAUCAGCUUAAUUGAAGAGGACCCCUCUCUUCAAAAUACAUAUGGACUGAAAUCAGACACCCCACUAAACAUGCUACCAUCAUUUCAUAUCAUCGACGGCCUACCUGCUGACUGUAUGCAUGAUGUUCUAGAGGGUGUUGUGCCAUAUGAAUUAGGUUUAAUUCUUACUUCACUGACUAAGGAAAGAUAUGUCACAACAGAUUUUGUAAACAGGAGAAUUUGUUCUUUUCGCUAUAGUCAUUUAGACAUGAGGAAUAAACCUGUGGGGAUUUCUGUCUCUGGAAGUACCGUGAGUGUUAAACAAAAUGCUGCGAGAAACUGGUGUCUGAUUCGUUUGUUACCGUUGAUGAUUGGACGCUUUAUCCCUGAAGGAAAUUUGCAUUGGGAGCUUUUACUUAAUCUAAAGCAAUGUGUUGAUUUGAUUUUUUGCCCUGAAAUAUCACAUGAAGCUGUAGUAGGUCUUUCACAUUUACUGCAAGAAAACCUCCAACUAUUCAAACACCUCUUUCCACAUAGCAGAAUUAAACCAAAACAACACUUCAUGCUGCACUACCCUGAACAAAUUUUGAAAUUUGGUCCCCUCAGGUCCACUUGGACAAUGCGUUUUGAAGCUAAACAUUCAUACAUGAAAAGAGUCUUGCAGUCAACAAAAAAUUUCAAAAAUCCAUGUAAAACCCUUGCAGUUAAACAUGAAUUUAAAAGGACUUGUCUAGCUAUUGGUGUAGCAGAAAACCCAUUUGGUUUUGAUAUACCUAAGUGUAAUUUAGUUGAAAUUACUGAUUUUCCUGAAUUAGUAGUCAAUCAAUUACAUACCCUAGGCAUUAUAUCACCAACUGUUUAUUGUUGUAACUAUGUGUCCAUUAACUGUAUUACAUACAAAGUUGGAAUGUAUAUAAUAAUUGACUUUGCUGAUGAGGAACCUGUGUUUGGUUGUAUAUCUGAUUUAAUUGUACAUCAGAAUGGAAUAUUUUUCUUGAGCAAAAAACAAAAGUCAUUCUUUUGUCAACAUCUAUCAGCAUAUUCAGUUGAACCUACUGAGAGCACAGUUGUAACAUCACAAAGAAAUAUUCUAUCAUUUUACCCCCUCUCAGGCUACUAUGUUUAUGAAAAGUCAUAUGUAGUAUUGAAGUAUCAUGUUGCUGAAUGUGAGUGA